AUGACGGGGGCCAUCUGCACCUACCGGCAGCACUUGGCAGCGACCGUGAAGAAAGCGGGCUCUUCAAGAAUGGGGACCUGGGGGGGCUGGUUCACCCCCCACUCGGCGGCGGCUGCGCGGGCCAUCCUCGAACGUGUUCCCCUCGUUGAUCUUACCCUCGAGGUUCGAGACGCCAGGGUACGCUGAGGAGAUGUCAGAAAACCGAUUGUCUUUCUUGUUAAUUAUGCCCGUUAUGUGAGAAUGUGGGUCUUGUGGGCAGAUUCCAUUGUCGUCUGCUUUCCAGCCCUUGACGCAGGAUUCCUUUUCACGCAGACGGAUAAUACUGCUGAAUAAGUUGGAUCUUGCAGAUCACGCGCAAACGGAGGUAUUCCUGUUCUUUAGAUGUUUGCCGUUGCUUUAUGAGCUACACACCUCUCUAAUCUAGCUACACCGCUUGCUUCCCUUUCUUAUGUUUUAGAUAUAAGCUUACCGUCCGGUAGAAUCUAAGAACGUAGGCAAGAGAAAUAGGGUUCUUUCUUUGUUGAAUUGGAGCUAUGAUGUUCUCUACCGAUGAUUAGGAUUGCUUGCAGAGAGAAAAAGUAUAAAUGGGUUCUUAACUUGUUAAUGAGGUAUCGAUUUUAUUUCUUAACUUGAUGCGGCCUCCAAAAUGAGAUUCUCCGUCUGAUUAGCAUGGUGAGAUAUUAAUCUGCCUGAAAGAGCAUCAAGAUGGAGAACUACAUUUGGGAGAAACAGGUUAAAAUAUGUUGGUAAAUUUGCGUGCAUAUUCGGUCCUCGCCAAAUAGCUUGUCUUGAGCGACUUUUUAAUUAAACUUACAACAAAUGAUUUGCAUCGAUCGGUCAUCUGAGCAUUAUUUAUUGUUUUUUUUCGUUACAAUUCGUUAUUUUUGAGGGUUGAGGAUGGUGUCUUAUAUACCGUCUUUGAUCUGCAGAGAUGGAUCGAUAGUUUCAAAGAGAAAAAUUGCAUUUGCUUUGGGGUUAAUUCCCACAAUAAAGGAAGCAUCAGAGAGGUGAUUUCUAAUUUUUCUCACAAAAUACACGUCCAUGGCUGUAAAUUGAUUCCUAUUUUGACCUCCAAAUCAUGCACAUCCGUACAGUUAAUAAACUUUGUAAGGGCUCGGAUCAAGGAACUAAAAGCUGGAGACUCAGGUCACACUGCAACAGUAAUGCUGGUUGGAAUUCCAAAUGUUGGAAAGUCUGCGAUUGCUAAUGCCAUGCAUCAGAUUGGGCGCAUAAGCGCAGAAGGUAUGGCUAGGCUUUUCAUACUUUUGGCCGAAGGAAUGAUCUUCAUUUAUAUAAGAAAGCCUUCAGUUUCGUCCAUUUACUGGGACUGAUGGACCAUUUUGACAACUAAGCUAUUGCCAAUGUUUUCCAUACAUAACUGACUUUUAUCAAUCUUUGCAUGUCUUGUUAUCUCCAAGAAAAGGGAAAGCUUAGGCAUGCAAUUGUGAGCUCCACCCCUGGGGAUACCAAAGAUAUUAGAAGUUACAAGGUAGGGGGGUUCACAUUUGUACCAUCAUUGCCAUUCUUACAUCUUUCUUCCCAUGGUUAUUAUUGUUAGGUUGAAUAUAUUCUUAAGCACUCGUGAUUCGUGAUGAGCCUCCACUUUCUAAAAUUCUUGGGAUUGCCCACAUUUUCUGUCUUAUAAUACUGUGGAGUUACAGUAUUAGGUUAAUUCUUACAAUGAGAAUGUCAGAGAUAGUGAUGGGGUCGAGGAAACUGAUGUCUAGAGCUGUACCAUAGUUUUCAGAAUCCGGUUAUCCUUCUCUGUCUCAACCCUCAUUUUUGUUUCAGGGCACGCAUUAACUAGACCCUUUACCACUUGUACUUUCCCACCUCAACCGAAUCUCCUUUCAUUCACUUUCCUGACAUUACCAGGCCUUAAAAUGGUGCCUGACGUUGACAUUCCUGAGAUAGCCGAAUGAAGAUGCCAAUAGUAGUUCUCUGAGAGCAGGAUAUAUGUAACUACGUGGACCCUUUGUACACAUGUGGGGUGUGCUUCAUCUCAUUACGCAUGUAAUGAGAUGAUUGCUGGGCUCUUGUCCUUUGGUGUCCGAUAGGCUCAUCUUGAUUUUGGGACGUUGCGUUUCCUGUAAGGUUUUAUGAAUCGAAUGUAUUGUAUCUUUGAUCUAUUCAUUUCUUCAGUGUGGAAUAAUCCUCAUAUGCUUGAAGAAACAGAGGGCAUAAAUAUCUACUUUUGUUUACAGAUUGCAAGUCACCCAAACAUUUAUGUGUUGGACACACCAGGGAUUUUAUUUCCAGAAAUAGCUGACGCCCAUGCAGCUUCAAACUUAGCUCUGACAGGUUUGCCACGCUCGAUUGUUUUAUCAGUUCUUUGCAUUGCUAGUUGUUCUCUCACAGAAUAACAGUAAUAAUAAUAAUAAUAGCCCGUUUUCUUUACCUUCUGUCCAGGGGCAAUUAAGGACAGUCUUGUAGGUGAAUGUGCACUUGCCCAGUAUUUUCUGUCCGUUCUGAACUCAAAUGAGGAGUACAAGAAGUGGGAGUCCUUGAGUGGACAUGCCAAAGAGAACUCUGCACAGAAGAGGGGGCAAUACCCAUCAGAUCACACGCAGGUACUAAAUAAUAUCUUCUGAAAUGAAGCCAUUGAGCGUUUUCAGAGCUACCAUUAUCUUCUGUGGAGUACCUGAGGCUCCCCUCCGCCCCCCCCCCUUUUUCGACUCAAAUAAUCAGGUGGGUCGUAGGCCUUUUAAUAGUGAAAAAGAAUAGCUAAGAUCAGCAAUUCCCUCUGCCUAUCUACACAAAAAUCAGGUGGGUCGUAGGCCUUUUAAUAGUGAAAAAUAAUAGCUAAGAUCAGUAAUUCCUUCUGCCUAUCUACACAAAAAAUCAGGUGGGUCCCCUCUGCCCCCCCGGGUAGUUAGUGAGUGACUGUUUCAGGAGCGAUUCCCUUCCACAUUCCUGACGACGAUUUUAUUUCCUCAUGAAGUAAUAAAUAAGCCCUUUAUUCUCCAUUCUUACGCACUCUUUGAUUCUUCAUGUGCACAGGACUUCGUCGUGUGGGACGUUCGGCGCACUCUUUUCGAAACCAUUUCGUCCUUUGGAAGAAGAUGUCUGGAGGAGGAAGUCGAAAUGGGUAGGCUGAUUGAGCUCCAGUUUGCGGCCUUGCACGAAGAUUUCAGAAUUCCCGCGGAUGAUACGGACGGAUACAGGACUGUAGCUUUGAAGUUGCUAAACCUCUUUCGGACUGGGAGACUGGGCCGCUACACAUUGGAUCCAAUUCCCCAAGUAUCUGACGACCACUCGCUCAUCCAUCCCCCUAACAUCAGCCCUUCGGAUUUUCCAUCACAAAACAUAUAA